UACUCAUCCAUAUUCAAAAAAAGCCUAAAACAAACAAAUCUUCCCCAGAAAUUUAAACUUAAAUUAAACCCCAGAUUUUGGAGGGACACUUAUAUACUAAUUCAACUUUAAGGCGGCAAUGUCAGCCAACGCACGUGACCUCCACUUCUCUCUUUCACUUCUCCUGCAAAUACCAUUACAAUUAGAGAGAGAAACACCCAUUUUAGAGAGAGAAAGCAGCUUCAAGCUGCAACAAUGGUGGGAAGUUCAUCGUCUUCUAAAUCACCUCGUUCCACGUCACCUUUCCGAUCAAAAAAAGGUUUUACGUCGCCGUUGACUUCGCCGGCGAUUAAGAAUGUCGCCGUACGUCCGGCGAGUCCGUCGUCGGACCGUUCUGAGUUUAGUAAACCUAAGGAGAAUGUUACCGUUACUGUUCGAUUUCGUCCUCUUAGUGCGAGAGAGAUGAAGAAAGGGAAUGAGAUAGCGUGGUAUGCAGAUGGAAAUUGUACUGUUCGGAAUGAGUAUAAUCCUAACCUUGCUUAUGCAUUUGAUAGAGUAUUUGGCCCUGCAACAACCACACACCAUGUUUAUGAUGUUGCUGCUCAUCAUGUUGUGAGUGGUGCUAUGGAAGGAAUAAAUGGUACUAUUUUUGCAUACGGAGUUACUAGUAGUGGGAAGACACACACAAUGCAUGGGUUGCAGAAGUCACCUGGAAUUAUCCCAUUAGCAGUGAAAGAUAUCUUUGAAAUGAUACAGGAGACACCUAGCAGAGAGUUUCUUCUUCGUGUCUCGUAUCUGGAAAUCUACAAUGAGGUUAUCAAUGACUUGCUGGAUCCAAUAGGGCAGAACUUACGAAUUCGUGAAGACACUCAGGGAACUUACAUUGAAGGAAUUAAAGAUGAAGUCGUACUCUCGCCUGCUCAUGCGUUAUCCUUGAUUGCUACUGGCGAAGCCCACAGACAUGUUGGCUCCAACAACUUCAAUUUACUUAGCAGUCGAAGUCACACCAUUUUCACCUUGACCAUAGAAAGCAGUCCACAUGGCCAAAGUCAAGGGGAAGAAGAUGUUACAUUGUCUCAGCUGCACUUGAUUGAUCUUGCUGGGUCUGAAAGUUCAAAGAUUGAAACAAAUGGGUUACGUAGAAAGGAAGGCUCAUAUAUAAAUAAAAGCUUGCUAACUCUUGGCACUGUAAUCUCUAAGCUAACUGAUGGAAAGGUAACUCAUAUUCCUUACCGUGAUUCAAAGCUCACCCGUUUGUUGCAGUCUUCUCUCAGUGGCCAUGGACGAAUUUCACUUAUUUGCACAGUGACCCCUGCUUCUGGCAACAGCGAAGAAACGCACAACACACUUAAGUUUGCUCACAGGAGUAAGCAUGUAGAAAUAAAGGCUUCUCAAAAUAAGAUAUUGGAUGAAAAAUCCCUCAUUAAGAAGUACCAAAAGGAAAUUUCAAAUCUGAAGGAAGAGCUUCAGACUUUGAAGCAUGACACAACAGAGGAUCCAUGUAGGAGUGUAUCAACACCAGAAGAUAUGGUUAGCCAAACAAUGCAGCAGGAAGCAGGUCAGACCAAGUUGCAGUCUAGAUUGGAGGAGGAUGAGCAAGCUAAAGCAGCUCUUACGGGAAGGAUUCAACGGCUGACAAAAUUAAUUCUGGUUUCAACUAAAAAUGCUGUGGGGACAAAGAUCUCCCAAAAUACUGUCUAUAGAAGAAGGCAGUCAUUUGGUGAAGACGAGCUAUCACAUUUACCAGAUAAGACCAGGGAAUAUGUAAUUCAUGGUGACGAUGAUGUUGAUGGCAGUCUGGAUCCCGAGGUUCUGGUUGAGGGAUGUCUCGAUGCACACGAGACAAUUAAGGAUUACAAGAAGAAUAAGAGAAGAGGAAUGCUUGGAUGGUUUAAAUCAAAAAAGCCCGAUCCUACUGGAUUGUCACCAGCUACUUCUGAUGCUCAGAGUUCAGCUAGUGAAUCUCCUGCAUCUGUUUCAAUGUCCUCUCAAAAUAGAGUAAUGGCUUCUGAUGUAAAAGACAAACAGAGAAAAUUAGACUAUAGAAAGCAAGGUGAUCCUUCAGUUACGAACUCAUAUUCCGAAAAAGGCCAAACUGGUGAAUUGUCUAGCAUUGAAGUUGGGCUUUCUCAUAUUCAUCUGACGGGGAAAACGAUUACAGAUCAGUUGGAUAUUCUUCAUGAGCAAGUGAAAUUGCUUGCUGGAGAGGUUGCAUUAUAUACCAAGUCUCUUGAAAAACUGACGAAGGAAGCAGUAGACAACCCAAAAGAUUCUCAGAAUGAGGAGCAAAUACAGAAGUUGAAGAAUGUAAUAACUGAAAAGAGGCUGCAUAUGCAUCAGCUUGAGCAACGCACUAUUGCAUCGUUGGAAACAGCUCCACAAAUGUCGAGUAGUUCUGAAUUGUCUCAGGUGUUAUCCAAGCUUGCUACUCAGUUAAAUGAGAAAACCUUUGAGCUUGAGAUCAAUUCAGCAGAUCGAAAAAAUCUUCAGGAACAUUUACAAAUGAAGAUCUCAGAGAAUGCUGAGAUGCAAGAAACAAUUCUUCGACUUAGGCAGCAAGUUAGCACAUUGUCAGAUAUGUGCUCCAUCCAUCCAGAAGAACAAAAUCAGUCUGCUAUUCUCAGCACUCCUUGUAUAGAUUCUGAUCCUAUCAGUUCAGAUGACAAGAACAAGGGAGGGAAAGAUUCACCUCUUGAUGCAACUACGCCAACUAGAAUAAUAUAUUCUCAGGAUGAUCAAAAAGAUGGCAAGAAUGCUGCAAUCCCGAAUUCGCAGGCUUCCAAAACAGAGAAUCUCAAGCUAGAGAAUGCGAGAUUAGCUGAAGAAAAAGUUGGCCUCGAAAUCCACAGCCAAAAAGUGGCUGAAGAAGCUUUAUAUGCAAAAGAGCUGGCUGCAGCUGCAGCAGUUGAGCUUCAACAUUUGACUGAAGAAGUAACUAGGCUGUCAUAUCAGAAUGCUGAAUUGAUUCGUGAGCUGGAUUCCAUGAAAGAGGCCACUGGAUCUGGAUGCUGUCAACAUCUGUCUGAAGUGAAAGAAAGCAGCAGUAAAUAUGUUGACACUGAUGCUGGCUUAAGGAAACUAGAGUGUGAGCAGUUGGUUCAGUACUUGCAGAAAGAGCUUAAUUCUAGAUAUCAGAGAGAAGCCCUGCUAGAAGCUGCUCUAUCUGAGAAAGAACAAGUAGAACAUGAGCUGCAAAAACGACUUAAUGAGGCAAAGAUGAAUGAGGAAGUUUUAGAGAGUGACUUAGAAAAUAUGUGGGUUCUUAUAGAAAAUAUGAGGAAUUCUGGCAUAGAGACUGAUGACAUCAAUCUUCAUAGGAUUACAUCUGACACCAGAUCAGCCAAGAUACCAGUUGGAUUGUCUUCAAAAAGUAGCUUUCUAUCAGCUGGUAGUCAAGUUCAUAGAAAUCUGGACAAUUUAAACUCAGCUGAAGAGUUAAGUACCAGCUCUCCGAAAGCCAAUCAAAGGUCCCAAGAACUAGAGAGGCUUAUUUCAAGACUGAAGGUCGAGGACUUGUCUGGUCUUGAUAUGGCAACUCUGGAAGAAUUGCAAAAUGUUCAUGUCGAAGCUAUCACCAAGAUAUGCCAAGCAAAGUGCGCUAAUCAUAUAUCGUAGCAGGACAUCAGAGUAUCUAGCCCUCCAUCUGGGGAGUCUUUGAAAUUACAUUUGAGGUAGGUGUACUGUUGUGGUGAAGAUGCAACAUCAUGAAACAGAAUUUUGUAGUUCACAUAUUAAAAUUUCAAACGAGGCCACUGGCCACAGCAGGACCUUUGGGAGAUUAUAUUAUCAGGGCUUAACACUGGCAUAAUGUAUGUAAUACUAAUUUGUUUUGGGUAAACAUGCAAUUGGAUAAAUUAACUUUGUACAGUCUCAUGACUCAUGUAUAUAUACAUACUCCAUAAAUAAAAGAUCUUGUAAGCACUUCAGUUAGCUGCUUCCUUUGUUA